UGAGCCGCUCGUCGGCUGCUGCUGCAAGACUGCUCCUGAUGAGACUGGAAGUCGAGGCGGCCGCGGACUGGAUCGCGUCCACGUUCAUCCCCGGCGCGGACGAGGCGGAUCUCAAGCAAGCCUUCAACGAGCAGCUGCAGGCGGUGCUCUUCGCGCGGUACGAGGGGCACUGGUACGUCGACGAGCCGCACCGCGGCUGCGCGUACCGCUCCAUCACCUGGGGCCCGCCGCUGAUCGACGCGCUGCUUCAGCGCGCAGCAGAUGCGGCUGGCGUGCGCGACGCGGCGUUCGGCAGCGCGAUGCAGCGCGGCGAGCCGUACUUUCUGCUGUGGGUCAACCCGGGCGAGGUGAAGGUGCUGCGAGGAAAGGGGCUCCCGCAGCACAUCUACCAGGAGGGGUCGCGGCAGGCCAACCCGUACGACACAGGGCUGCGGCUCAAGAUUGAGAGAACCGUCGUCAACGUCUCCCUCGACACGCCGAUCGACCUCGACGCCCAGACGAGCAGGCAGCUGGUGUCUCCGGCGGGACCGCGCGCGCGCGGCGCCAACACGCUGGCACCGGCGGGCACGGUUGUCGAGGGUUCCGUCACGCCGCCCUCGCCCUUCCACCACUCGCCGCAGCUCGCCUCCAACGGCGACGCGCGAUUCAACUACCCGCCGUCAAUGUCGCUGCCGUCAAAUUGCGCGCCGUCCGGCGCGUCGAUGCCGCCCGGGGUGGGCGCGAUGCUGCAGCCGCCGCAGCGACCGCCCGCGAGGCCGACCGCGUUUGCCUGAGGGCGCAUGGAGAGUACAUGCGGGCCACUGAGCUCUGUUUACCGUGUUCGAGCUGUGUCCGCGGCCGGAGUCUGCGAAUCUGAGUUCGUUUUCCAAG